CCUGAGUGGCGUCCGUCUGAGGCAGAGCUGCGCCUGCGCUGUCGUCUUCGUCGUCACGUGACCGGCCGCAGCCAUGCACGGGGGCGCGCCUUCCGGGGACAGCGCGUGCCCGCUGCGCACACACAAGAGAGUCCAGUUUGGCAUCCUCAGCCCAGACGAAAUGAAACGGAUGUCCGUGACGGAAGGAGGGAUCAAGUACCCUGAAACCACAGAAGCGGGCCGCCCCAAGUUGGGGGGCUUAAUGGACCCUCGGCAGGGUGUCAUUGAGAGGACCGGACGGUGCCAGACCUGUGCAGGCAACAUGACAGAAUGUCCUGGCCACUUUGGACACAUUGAGCUGGCCAAGCCCGUCUUCCACGUCGGCUUCUUGGGCAAGACAAUGAAAGUCCUCCGCUGCGUUUGCUUCUUCUGCUCCAAACUGCUGGUUGACUCUAACAAUCCAAAGAUUAAAGAUAUCCUGGCCAAAUCCAAAGGACAACCGAAGAAACGCUUGACUCACGUCUAUGACCUUUGCAAAGGCAAAAACAUCUGUGAAGGGGGAGAAGAGAUGGACAACAAGUUUGGUGUGGAGCAAUCAGAGGGCGAUGAGGACAUCACAAAGGAAAAGGGCCAUGGCGGCUGUGGGCGCUACCAGCCUAGGAUCCGGCGCUCGGGCCUUGAGCUUUAUGCCGAAUGGAAGCACGUCAAUGAGGACUCACAGGAGAAGAAGAUCCUCCUGAGCCCGGAGCGGGUGCAUGAGAUAUUCAAGCGCAUCUCAGACGAGGAAUGCUUCAUCCUUGGCAUGGACCCCAAAUACGCCCGGCCUGAAUGGAUGAUAUGCACGGUGCUUCCUGUCCCACCGCUUUCUGUCAGGCCUGCUGUGGUCAUGCAGGGCUCUGCCCGGAAUCAGGAUGACUUGACUCACAAACUGGCCGACAUUGUGAAGAUCAACAACCAACUCCGGAGGAAUGAACAGAAUGGGGCAGCUGCCCACGUCAUUGCCGAAGACGUCAAACUGCUGCAGUUUCAUGUGGCCACCAUGGUGGACAACGAGCUCCCUGGGCUGCCCCGUGCUAUGCAAAAAUCGGGACGGCCUCUGAAGUCUCUGAAGCAGAGGCUGAAGGGGAAAGAGGGGCGUGUGCGAGGGAACCUGAUGGGAAAGCGAGUGGAUUUCUCUGCCCGGACAGUCAUCACGCCAGAUCCCAACCUCUCCAUUGACCAAGUGGGAGUGCCCCGCUCCAUUGCUGCCAACAUGACCUUUGCUGAGAUAGUAACACCCUUCAACAUUGACAGGCUCCAGGAGUUGGUCCGCAGAGGCAACAGCCAGUAUCCUGGAGCCAAGUACAUUAUCCGGGACAAUGGUGACAGGAUUGACCUCCGUUUUCACCCUAAGCCCAGCGACCUGCACCUGCAGAUCGGCUACAAGGUAGAGCGACACAUGUGUGACGGAGAUAUUGUCAUUUUCAACCGUCAACCAACGUUGCACAAGAUGUCCAUGAUGGGGCACAGGGUCCGGAUUCUGCCAUGGUCAACUUUCCGCCUCAAUCUCAGUGUGACUACUCCCUACAACGCUGACUUUGACGGUGAUGAAAUGAACCUGCACCUCCCCCAGUCCCUCGAGACACGGGCAGAAAUCCAGGAACUGGCCAUGGUGCCCCGUAUGAUUGUCACGCCCCAGUCCAACAGACCCGUCAUGGGGAUCGUGCAGGACACUCUCACAGCUGUCCGCAAGUUCACUAAGAGAGAUGUCUUCCUGGAAAGGGGUGAAGUGAUGAAUCUCCUAAUGUUCCUGUCUACCUGGGAUGGCAAAGUACCACAGCCAGCCAUUCUCAAACCGCGCCCACUCUGGACUGGAAAGCAGAUCUUCUCCCUCAUCAUACCUGGUCACAUCAACUGCAUCCGGACACAUAGCACCCACCCAGAUGAUGAGGACAGUGGUCCCUACAAACACAUCUCCCCUGGAGACACUAAGGUGAUUGUUGAAAAUGGCGAGUUGAUCAUGGGCAUCCUGUGCAAGAAGUCUUUGGGUACUUCUGCUGGCUCCCUAGUCCACAUCUCCUACCUGGAGAUGGGCCAUGACGUCACACGCCUCUUCUACAGCAAUAUCCAGACUGUCAUCAACAACUGGCUCCUGAUUGAAGGUCACACAAUUGGUAUUGGGGACUCCAUUGCUGAUGCCAAGACCUACCAGGACAUUCAGAACACCAUCAAGAAGGCCAAACAAGAUGUGAUAGAGGUCAUUGAGAAGGCCCACAACAAUGAGCUGGAGCCCACCCCUGGCAACACGCUGCGACAGACCUUUGAAAACCAAGUCAACAGGAUUCUGAAUGAUGCCCGAGACAAGACCGGUUCUUCAGCCCAGAAGUCCCUCUCAGAGUACAACAACUUCAAGUCCAUGGUGGUGUCAGGAGCAAAAGGCUCCAAGAUUAACAUCUCACAAGUCAUUGCUGUGGUGGGACAGCAGAACGUUGAAGGGAAACGUAUCCCAUUUGGCUUCAAGCAUCGUACACUGCCUCACUUCAUCAAGGAUGACUAUGGUCCUGAAAGCAGAGGCUUUGUAGAGAACUCGUACCUGGCUGGCCUGACCCCGACAGAGUUCUUCUUCCACGCCAUGGGAGGCAGAGAGGGAUUGAUUGACACAGCUGUCAAAACCGCAGAAACUGGUUACAUCCAGCGUCGACUGAUCAAAUCUAUGGAGUCAGUGAUGGUGAAGUACGAUGCCACAGUGCGCAAUUCCAUCAACCAGGUGGUGCAGCUGCGUUAUGGUGAAGAUGGUCUAGCAGGGGAGAGUGUGGAGUUCCAGAAUCUGGCCACCCUCAAGCCUUCCAACAAGGCAUUUGAAAAGAAGUUCAAAUUUGACUACACAAAUGAGCGGGCGCUACGGCGCACCCUGCAGGAAGAGAUGGUGAAGGACAUCCUCAGCAAUGCCCACAUCCAGAAUGAAUUGGAGAGAGAGUUUGAGAAGAUGAAGGAGGACCGGGAGGUGCUGAGGGUCAUCUUCCCCACAGGGGACAGCAAGGUGGUUCUUCCCUGCAACUUGCUACGUAUGAUCUGGAAUGCUCAGAAAAUUUUCCACAUCAACACCCGCCUGCCCUCUGACUUGCAUCCCAUCAAAGUGGUGGAGGGUGUGAAGGAAUUGAGCAAGAAGCUGGUGAUUGUGAAUGGUGAUGAUCCCCUGAGCAAACAGGCCCAGGAGAAUGCCACCCUCCUCUUCAACAUACACUUGCGCUCUACACUCUGCAGCCGGCGCAUGAUUGAAGAGUUCCGUCUAAGUGGGGAAGCUUUUGACUGGCUGCUAGGCGAGAUUGAAUCUAAAUUCAACCAGGCCAUUGCUCAUCCUGGUGAGAUGGUGGGGGCCCUGGCUGCCCAGUCCCUGGGUGAGCCUGCCACUCAGAUGACCCUGAACACCUUCCACUAUGCCGGUGUGUCAGCGAAGAACGUAACGCUGGGUGUGCCUCGACUGAAAGAGCUGAUCAAUAUCUCAAAGAAACCCAAGACCCCCUCACUGACAGUUUUCCUGCUGGGCCAGUCUGCGCGUGAUGCUGAGAGAGCCAAGGACAUCCUUUGCCGCUUGGAGCAUACGACCCUGCGAAAGGUGACAGCCAACACUGCCAUCUACUAUGAUCCCAACCCACAAAAUACUGUGGUGGCCGAGGACCAGGAGUGGGUGAAUGUUUACUAUGAGAUGCCUGACUUCGAUGUCACCCGCAUCUCGCCUUGGCUGCUUCGGGUGGAGCUGGACCGCAAGCACAUGACUGACCGCAAGCUUACCAUGGAGCAGAUUGCAGAGAAGAUCAAUGCUGGUUUUGGGGAUGACCUGAACUGCAUCUUCAAUGAUGACAAUGCUGAGAAGCUGGUGCUGCGGAUCCGCAUCAUGAACAGUGAUGAGAACAAAAUGCAAGAGGAGGAAGAGGUGGUGGACAAAAUGGAUGAUGACGUCUUCCUGCGUUGUAUUGAAUCUAACAUGCUGACUGAUAUGACUCUUCAAGGCAUCGAGCAGAUCAGCAAGGUAUACAUGCACCUGCCCCAGACAGACAACAAGAAGAAAAUCAUCAUUACUGAAGAUGGGGAAUUCAAGGCCCUGCAGGAGUGGAUCCUAGAGACAGAUGGCGUGAGCCUCAUGCGAGUGCUGAGCGAGAAGGAUGUGGACCCUGUCCGCACCACAUCCAAUGACAUUGUGGAGAUCUUCACGGUCCUGGGCAUUGAGGCAGUGAGGAAGGCGCUGGAGAGGGAGCUGUACCAUGUCAUCUCUUUUGAUGGUUCCUAUGUCAACUACCGCCAUCUGGCACUGCUCUGUGACACCAUGACUUGCCGUGGGCACUUGAUGGCCAUCACUCGACAUGGUGUCAACCGUCAGGACACAGGGCCCCUCAUGAAAUGCUCCUUUGAGGAGACGGUUGAUGUCUUGAUGGAAGCAGCCGCUCAUGGUGAAAGUGACCCAAUGAAGGGUGUCUCAGAGAACAUCAUGUUGGGCCAGCUUGCUCCGGCAGGCACUGGCUGCUUUGACCUCCUGUUAGAUGCAGAGAAAUGCAAAUAUGGCAUGGAAAUCCCCACCAACAUCCCUGGAUUAGGCGUCGGUGGACCUACUGGCAUGUUCUUUGGCUCUGCUCCCAGCCCCAUGGGUGGAAUGUCGCCUGCCAUGACCCCGUGGAACCAAGGUGCUACACCAGCCUAUGGAGCCUGGUCUCCUAGUGUUGGGAGUGGAAUGACUCCUGGGGCAGCUGGUUUUUCACCCAGUGCUGCCUCCGAUGCCAGCGGCUUCAGCCCUGGCUAUUCUCCAGCCUGGUCCCCCACCCCAGGUUCUCCUGGAUCUCCGGGACCUUCCAGCCCAUACAUCCCCUCACCAGGUGGUGCCAUGUCACCCAGCUAUUCCCCAACAUCUCCCGCCUACGAACCCCGCUCCCCUGGAGGGUAUACACCACAGAGCCCCAGCUACAGCCCCACAUCACCCUCCUACAGCCCAACCUCUCCUUCAUACUCUCCUACUAGCCCCAAUUACAGCCCCACCAGCCCCAGCUACAGCCCAACCUCACCCAGUUACUCUCCAACCAGCCCCAGCUAUAGCCCAACCUCACCUAGCUACAGUCCUACCAGCCCCAGCUACAGCCCCACGUCACCAAGUUACUCUCCAACCAGUCCUAGCUACAGCCCAACAUCACCCAGCUACAGCCCCACCAGCCCAAGCUACAGCCCAACGUCACCCAGCUAUAGCCCUACUAGCCCAAGCUAUAGCCCAACAUCGCCCAGUUACAGCCCCACCAGUCCCAGCUACAGUCCCACAUCGCCCAGCUACAGCCCUACCAGCCCUAGCUACAGCCCAACAAGCCCCAAUUACAGCCCAACGUCUCCAAAUUAUACCCCGACGUCUCCCAGUUACAGCCCCACCUCUCCCAGUUACAGUCCAACCUCUCCUAAUUAUACCCCAACAUCUCCAAACUACAGCCCAACUUCCCCCAGCUAUUCUCCAACCAGUCCUUCCUACAGCCCUACCUCGCCCAGCUAUUCUCCCUCCAGCCCCCGCUAUACCCCACAGUCCCCUACUUACACCCCCUCUUCUCCCAGUUACAGCCCCAGUUCACCCAGCUACAGCCCAACCAGCCCCAAGUAUACCCCCACCAGCCCAUCCUACAGCCCAAGCUCCCCAGAAUACACCCCAACAUCCCCCAAGUACAGCCCAACCAGCCCCAAGUACAGCCCGACUUCUCCCAAGUACAGCCCGACUUCGCCUACCUACAGCCCCACCACACCCAAGUACAGCCCGACCAGCCCCACCUACUCUCCCACCUCACCCGUCUACACCCCUACUUCUCCGAAGUACAGUCCGACAAGUCCCACCUACUCGCCGACAUCCCCCAAGUACAGCCCGACUUCUCCGACCUAUUCGCCAACCUCUCCGAAAGGCUCCACCUACUCGCCAACCUCCCCAGGUUACAGCCCAACCUCGCCAACUUACAGCCUCACCAGCCCAGCCAUCAGCCCAGACGACAGCGACGAAGAGAACUGAAAGCGGGGGGAGGCACCUAUCGCUGCCUUGGAGAACGGUUGGGGUGUGAUCUCUGGGUCAUGCGCUUUGUGGUUUGAGGAAAAGAUUGGAAACCGUUUAGGAGAUGGGAAAAUUUGCCUGAAAUUUCUGUCACUUUCCUGGUUGGCCCCAGCUUUGACCAAGUGGGACUGUGGGUGGGGAUCCUAUGUCACUGAGUCCCAUCUCUCCCUCCGCCUGCAUCCCCCCUUCCCCGGGUGGAAGAAGUUUUAGUCUCUGCUCUUCUUCAUGUUUUGGUAUUUUUAUCUUUUAAAAAAAACUUGUAAAUAAUCAUAUAGACUACCUAAUAAAUCUGCAAAUCAGGACCCUACAGGGUAAGCCCCUCAUGCAGUGUGAAGGGGGUCGGACGCGCAACCUUCCACCCCAGUAAAACAGAGCCAAGUUUCUGAUCUCGUAACUGUUCGGGAGGGGAGAAAAAUGACAUUUUGAAGCUAUGAUUACUUUGAGCAUCGGUUUAUCCUCUGUUGAUUUCCUAGCUUCAGGUCUAUAGUACACCUUUCCAUGUCUGUUGAGAAUUAUUUAUGUUAAAGACAUGUUAGAAGGUUUCUUGACUUAGGUGCAUUAUGUGUUCACUUUUUCUCUCUCCUUUGGUCUAAUGAGAACGAAGCUCUUUUUUAAGAGGAGCUGUUUUUAACUCUAUAAAAAAAACAACCUCUGGUCAGGAUGGCUUGGUUUUCUUCUGUCCUGCCUGCGUCGCAUGUUGAAAAGUUUGGAGUUGGCCCCUGGCCUUGUUUUCUCCGGUUCUGCUCAGGGCUGAGAGGAAGGGUGCCAGGCUACUUGUUCUGGACAUGUUGGCAAGGGAGAAGAGCGGCCAGAUCAGUUAAAAGCAAUGUCGUUUCGUUGGGUGUUUGGAAUUCUUGCUUUUUUCUCUGCACUCAAAAUUGUAACUUUCUGAAGGAAAAAAAAAUAAAAACCUUUUUUACUAA